AUGUCGACAAUCCGAUUAAAACCAACCCCACCACCCCGACCCAACCGCCCGGACGCCAACCAGACGCCCCUCACACCAACCUCUCCACUGAUUCCCGGAGGCUGGUUGGCUUCAUCUCACUCCUUUCCACUACCGCACCCACCUCACCCCAAGUCCCCACCUCCAUCCCCACCCGUCAGUGCAGGCCUGAGUGGUGGUUUCUCCUUCUCCAUGGCACGGCUAGCGCUUGGAAGCGGGGCUGUCAGAGCCCCGACCAAAGGAGGAGAUGGAGAUCCGCCCAACACACCCGUCACGCCAGCAGCGUGGCUGAGCGGUGUGAAGCGGAAGGUGGCGACCAAUCAGCAGAAGCAACAGCAGCAGCAGCAGCAGAAAAAGAAGAAGCACUUGCGGAGCAGAAGCAAGCGGUUCAGCGUCAGCAGCAGCGAUAACAGCGUCGAAAGCAGCCCGCAGGUGGACCGCAGCAGCCGGCCGCGAGCGUUGACACAGCCGACCAAAACACACGCGAGCGACUACCACAACGCCCAGCAACCGUCACUGCUACCACACCUGCGCGAGCGCCGACGCGGCAGCGCGACGAGUCCGCGUCACCCGCACAUAACCGAGACGAGGGGUUGGAGCAGCAGUAGCGACAGUGAUGAUGCUGAGGAUAACGCCUCAGCAAAGCAGCGCAACGACCGUCCUCACCAGAUGUUCAGAGCACCGAGUGGUUCUUCUGAUACGGCACCGGCAACGGUGCUGCAGUUGGAAGGCGUCGGUGCAGUCGUGAUCGAGGAGGCGCCACGACGGGCAAUCACCGCAAAAGCCGGCGGAGGCGUCAGGCUUGUGGAUGCGCGCAGACCUUCCAAUUGGAGCAUUCCUACCAUCUUCAAGGAUGGAGAGGUGAAUGUAGGGGAAGCCGAGGCUGCCGAGGUCCAAGAAGAGGCGAAGUUGACCGAACCCGGUCCAGGGCUCUCGGGCAAUGAGAGAGUCAGGAAGACGCUGAAGUCGAAGGGGAUGGAGGCCUUGCAAACGGGCAGGUUGUCGCCAGGCGGUGUUCUGGAUUUCUCCGAGAAACCGCUACCGUCGACGCCGAUGAGCAUGCAACCGACGCCCAGAGAGCUGUAUCAUUCAAGCGACGGCUCUGCUUCCACCUCGUCAUCCCCUUUGCCGUCGCCCGCUUGCACACCUCCUCCGGCAACUUGUCUGCCAUUGAGAUUCCCAAUGCCUCCGUCCCAUAUCCCCGGACGAAAGCCUGUUCAGCCAUUGUCUGAACCCUAUAUUACCAUUGAUGGCAACAUCGACAACGACAUGAUCGCAUCGGCGUACCCGCUGACGCCGAUCGCCACUGACCUGGGCUCGCUUUCCGUCAUUGCGGGACUCGAAGAAGAUGGGUCGGUGGUCACUGUCAUACCACCAGAGCAGAGUGCAUGGCAGCGAACUGCCUACGUUGCGGACCCGAUCCAGCUUAACAACUUGGCGAACAACAGCGCUGGGGCCUUUUCGGGUCUACCAAAUAUUCGAGGCAAGGCGGGCAGUGUUGCGUCUUUGGACGCAUUCCAAGACGCAGUAGAGAGCCUCUUGGACAAUCCUGCGACCCAAGGGCGGCGUGCGAGUGACGAGAGCGUCGUUGAAGAACUGGUCACAUUCUUCGAAGACUUCGGCUUCGGCCCCGCCGCCGGAGAGAAAGAUUCGUUGGACUGUUUUUGGUCGUCGGAUCUCAACAAUGAAGCUAGAGAGCUUGAAGCGGACUUCGAGUUUGCUGAGCAAGGCGAGCAGGAGUAG